UUAUGCGCUGUUGGGCAUGCGCAACAUCACUCGCGCCGACAAAAAACUUGUUUAUUCUGCAUGUAAAAUAGAAAAACAAUUGAUUGUGACUUAAUUUACUAAUCCCACGUGAAGAGAUUAAUCUUAUAUUGACAAAGUCUGCAAAUAUCUCAUCAAAACUGAUAACUGAAGCAAUAUUUUCAGGAAACACGUGGGUAAACGGGCACCUGUUAAUGAAUAUUUGGUAACCCGAGCAGCAACCAAAUGUAAACAACUUUCUAGAGUGUCAAGAUGAAAGCAUUUUUAAAAGGAAAUGAUGGGUCUGCAUUUACCUUAGCCCCCAAAGUGACAACAGUUGGACGUGAAGGUUGUGACAUCAACUUACAGACACAAGGUGUUGACCUUCAACAUAGCGUAAUUGAGUACAGUGAACAAGAAGAUGGUUAUGUGCUGCAAGAUUUAAACACAUCCCAAGGAACAUAUGUAAAUGAAUGCAGAGUUCAGAAUGCUACUGUCAGAUUGGCGCCUGGAGACCUAAUUAAGUUUGGAUACAAUGGUGUGCCAUUCACAUUAGAAAUUGAAAAUCCACCACCAAUAAGUUACCCACCUGUUCAGCAACGACCAGCAUGGACACAACCCUUGACUCUUCUCUCAGACGCUGGCGGCUACACAGGAGUAGAAGUACCUCAGUCCAAUCCCCUUCCAUAUCUCCAAACUGGAGUUUCAACAUUUACAAUUCCAUCAACAGUUUGGACACCUGUCAAUCAGGGUCCUGCACCCCGCCCACCUACUCUCAGGAGCCGCCCACUGAGUGCUGGAGCAACAAGAAGGGGAACAACUUCAACUAAUGCAUUUACAACUACAACUAAUGCAUUUGAAAAGUUUCAGACAAUAGGUGGAACACCAGUGUCAUCUCCAGUUGUUCAAAGACCAACAUCAAGUUGUGGUUGGGUUGGUAAUGCAAGACAGCAAACAACAUCAUCAGAAACUCUACGUCUUCAAGAAAAGGAACAAAGGAUAAUGCAGCUACAAGAAGAAGUGUCCCGUCUCCGUGCUAUGGAUAUGGAAGCCUAUAAAAAAGACCAACAAAUACAAUUAUUACAGUCACAGCUUUCAGAGGCUCAACACAGGAUGUACCAACAGCCUUUAAUAAUGGGAAAUGACCCUGAUUUCACUCAAAGAAUUGUACAUUUGGAAAAUGAAGUCACUGCCAAAAAGGAGGAAAUUGCAGCUUUAAGGGAACAGCUUGUAUUAUUGCAAUCCACUGAGACUAAAGUCCUUCUUCCUGAAGAAAUAGCGGAGAAAAAUAAAGAAUUAAACAAUGUUAGAAAUGAGUUGGAACGUGUUAAAAAAGACAAGGGCAUUACAACUGGACUUGUCACCCAGAUGCAGCGUGAUAUGUCAAGCAAAGACUCAACAAUAAGUAAAUUUACAAGAGAAAUAGAAACUUUAAAGAAAGAGUUAAGAGAAAGAGACACACAGAUUACCACAAUUACAGCAAAGUUAAACAAGCCAAAAGAUACACCACGUACAUCAGAAGAUAAAGAUGCUAGAGAAAAAGAGCUCAUAAGUCUAAGACAGAAAUUCAAGUCAGCAGAAAAUAAAACACAAGAGCAACAAGAUCUAAUCGUCAGUCUGAAACAAGAACUUGAAAAAAUGAAACUAAAAGUUUAUGAAGAACAAAGUGUUCAGAAGAAGCUUGAGAUUGAUGUAGAGAAAGUAAAAGCAGAACUGAUUGAUGUCCAGAGAGCUGAAAGGAUGGUCAGGGUAGAUAUGGAACAGGCUUCUAAAAAGUCUGAAAGAUUUCACAGUAGAAUUGUACAGACAGCAUUUUCUACUCCUGGAAUUAAGGCUCCAGAAGCAGAAAUAAGUGAUGAUGAACUUGUUGAAACUUUGAAAAAAGUAAUUGAUGAACGAACAGAAUUCUAUAAGAAAAUUAAGGACUUAGAAGCAGACUUAAAAUUAGCAGAAACUUCAACUAGUAAAUUAAAGAAAACUAAUGGAAAACUACGCAGUCAAGUGGAAGAAGUUGUUUCACAUUUGAAAGAAAACGGAUUUUCCUGUAGUUCAGUCAAACAGGAAAUUAGUUUAUUACAGUCCUCAUCUACAGAUGAAUCGAAUGUUUGGGUUAGAGAUGCUCUUGUUAGUAUUCUAUCUGGUGCUAGUUCAUGGGAGCAGCAUAUUGACAAUGCACUGGAGAAAUGUGGUGUCAAUGUACGCUUGUCUAGUGAUGGUCCAGAUAAACACAUUCUUUCAUUAUUUUCUAAAUGGGAAGCAUCAAUAAGUGAGAAGGAAAGACUAGUAUCACAAAUAUCUACAUUAGAACAACAAUAUAAAGCAGACUUAGAACGACAAGUCAGUAUCACAAAACAAGAUUCAGACAACAGGGUUACAGAUGCUGUGGAAAAAGCCAGACUAGAAGCUGAAGAAAGAUUGAACAGAGCACUAGAAGAAAUAAAAGCAGUAGAGGAAGAAAAGAGAAGAAUAGCUGUUGAAUCAGAACAGACAAAGUUAGAGGAAUUACAGGAAGUUAUAGACAAACUUAGAAUGGAUCUCAUGGAGAAGGAAUCUGGAAGCAAAGAACAGCUAGAGGAAGCUUUAUCACAAGUGUCAGAAUUAGAAAUAUUAAAAUUAACAAUUGUAGAAUUAGAACAACGCAAUGUUGUAUUAGAAGCAACAAUUUCUGAAUCUUCUACAAAAUAUGUGUCUGAUUCAGGAGAAAGAGAAAGGAAAUAUGAACAAGAUUUAUUGUCUUUCAAAGAACAAACUAAACAACAUUCUGUUACUAUUUGUGCAAUGGAAGAAAGAUUGAAAAAGUUAAUGAAGAAAAAUAAAGAAUAUCAAGAUGAAAUUUCUUCACAUAAAAAGACGAUACAAGAUAUGAAGAUACAGAUGAACGAUCUCAGGAAUAGAGCCACUGCCAAUAUUAAACCUGACAUCCCUCCAAAGCCAAAGGUCAUAGUCCAGAAACCUACACAAGAUAUCAUAGCCAUGGAACAACUCAUUGUUAUGUUAAAGAAAGAGAGCGGUGAUUUGAAACUUAAACUACAAGAUCAGGAUGAUUUGAUUCUUGGAUUACGACGAGAUUUAGCUGGAGCUCAUGCUAGAUUAUCAGAUGUUACAGGAGAAUUAAGUGAAAGCCAGAAACAGGAAAUUGAGAGAAACAAGGAUCUGUUAUUCCAGAGAGAAAGAGAACUUAUGGACAUUAGACAACAACUGGCUAAAUUGUCUAAGAUUAUUGAUAAACAGAAAGAAGAAAUGAAAUCAGUGGAGUGUGAUCUCAGCAAAGAGAAGUCCAUAUCAGUGAAAUACAAAUCACAUAUAGAGGAAAGAUCUAGAAGAAUAAUAGAGUUGGAAAGUAAACUAUCAAUGAACAAUGAAGAACAAAAGAAGCAAUUAGAUCUUCUUGAUCAAGAGGGAAGAAUUACCUCAGAAAUGACAGCUCUUGGUGCUCAGUGUCGGGGAGAAAGACACGAACAGGUUAUUACACGACAGAGGGAGGCACUUUCUGAACUGAGGUCAAGGGUCAAGGUCUUAGAGCAGGCCAAUCCUCCAUUGCCAACAAAGGAUCAGGCUUUACAGCAAGUGUUAGUUCUGAAGAAAGAGCUAGCAGAAAUGAGAGCCAACCAGGCUUUGUCUGAAGACAGCCACAUACUAAAUGUAUCCUCACUAGACAGAGAGGUUAACAGGGCUAGAGGACUUCUGACUAAUGUUAACGCUGAGGCUGACAUGGAACGUAGUGCUCAUAGAGAAACAAUGGAUGCAUUAGAGGCUAGUGAAAAUACUUAUUUGACACUUCUUAGAGCUAUUGCUAGCUGUCUUGAUGUUGAUUCUGUACAAGGAUUACGUCCAAUAGGUCACAUUCCAAAGGACGAGCGCCAGCGACUGAUGGACGAAAGAGAAAGAGCUUGUGAAGCCUUGACCGUCAAAAUCAAAUUAAUUAGAGAAAGAAUAGACAGGAAAGAUGAACUGUUACAGGGUUAUGAGAGAGAUCUAGCAAGGAUGAGACAAGCAACAGAAUUAGCAGAAAAGAAAACUACACAAGUUGAUAGUCUAGCAACUGAUAUAAAGAAUAGAACAGAAGAAACACAUUAUUUACGAGAGUCUCUGAACAGAACAAGAGACAGACUUGACCAGGAACGCAGACUUAAUUCAGCUAUAAAACAAAGGAAGACAUUCCAUCUUGAGAAUGAGAAAGCACACAUACGACCACCAUCACAUAGAUGUCCUCCUGAGGAUAUUUUUGGAAAGAAUGCUGCUAAGAAGAAAGCAGAAAAAGAAGCAUCAAAGAGAAGAAAAUAUGAAAUAAAAACUUUGAAACAGGAAUUAACAGACAAAGAAAGAUCCCUUUUUGAAAGUGAAAAUAGAUUGUAUACAAUAGAAAAUAGUAUGAGCAUGGAGAGGAGAAUAGAAGCAGAAGUAGAGUCCUAGUUUUUAACCCCAGAGCUAUAAAUAGAUUGUUAUAAACCCUAGAUUAGACCUUACUCUGAUGAUGUCUCUGGGCAACUGGUGCUUCAUUACUAUCGUAGAAUGAUUGGAUAGACAGCUUGAAUACAAAAUAUACUAUUUCAUCAAAAAAAUAACAAUUAUUUAACAUGUGAUAUAUUUACAUUGAUACAUCAAAUUGAACAAGCAAUACUAUAUAUUCAUGUAGCAUCAGUCAGUUAAAGGAUGCAGGUUUUGAGAUUGCAUGCUAAUGCUGAGAUGAUGUUGACACAUGUUAAUCAAUUGAAAAGCAAAAUAUUUUGGUUCAUUAUAAGUUUUUGCAAGCAUUGUUAUUUAAUGGAAAUAAGAUAUCUGAUGAUUCAAAUAUUUUGAAUGAGGUUCAGAUUUACCUUAUAAAAUUCAGGCUUGGGUCAACACAAUUGAUGUAAAAGUAUUUUGUUGAGUGUAGUUUAAUUGUUGUUAAAUGAUACAAGAAGUGAAGUGAUUUCUGGUGAAAUUUAUCAUAUAGCAGAGAGAGCUCUAAUGAUAGCCAGGAAUAUCAGAUUUCAGGAACAGCUCAAGAGUCUGAUCUUUUUUUAUCUUUAUUUCUAUAAAAGAUUUGUUGAUCUCUUUUUCUAUAAUAGGUGUUCUACAUGAUAACAUUGAACUUAGGUAGUUAUUAUUUAGCAGUAUUAGAAUAGGUCUAUGAAGUUUAAUUGAUACUUGAGUUUAUAUUUUUAUAUUGCUUAUAUUACUAUUUACCCAUUGAUAACAUUCCCUUACUUAAACUUUACAUUCAUUAAUAUGAAAUAUAAAAAAACUCUUUGCUGAAUAAGAAUAAGAUGAGAUGACAAUUUUUUAAUUGUGAUUUUCUGUUUUAAGAUUUAGACACAUUGGGGACUUACAUGAAGUUUGAUUUUACAAAACAUUUUUUUUUAAAUAACAAUAGAAAAUUUAUUGAGUCUGACAUACUAAGGGCUUUGAUUGAAAUGUAUGGGGUGGGUAGAUAGAGACUUUUAAAAUAUCCUUACUACAAAGAACCAUUUUUUAGAUAAUUUUGCAUAAUGGUAAUAGACCCAUACUGAAAAAAGACCCUUGACCCACAUUCAAAAAUUAAACUUUCCUUCCUACCCUCCCACAUACAUUUUAAAGGAAUAGCCCUAAUAUAAAAUAUCGAAAUAUAAAAAUGUGUUAUGAUCAUGUUAAAUAAUCAAAAUAUUUUGAUAAAUUUGUCUUUUAUUCAUGCAUUUUAUUGUAAUUUAUUUUUAUAUUGUAGAAGUUGUGGUAUACAUUGUAAACUGUGAUACGAAAUUUGGACAUUAUUGUCUAUGUUUAUUUAUAUGUUAUAUUGUUUUUUGAAUGUUUUUAGAAAUUCUGAGAAAUAUUACAAUUUACUGUUUCCGUCCUAACUGUAGAAAUUUGAAUAUAGUGUAGCUUUCUUAUAAUGUAAGCAGGCACAGAUGACAUAAUAAACUAGCCAGCUUGGCUCAAAUGUC